GGCUGAGACAGCAACAUGACAGGCCUCAUUAAAUCUCUAGUAUUUCCUUAAAACGUACAUAAGGCAGGCUGACUUUGGGUCAUUAAUGCUUUGGUUUGUUUUUUUUUGACAAUGUUUGGUUCCUUCGUUUCUGUUCACCAAUGUCUUACAAAUCCAACAGAAUAGUUCUUAUUGUGUAAUCAUGUUGUUGUGUUCAUCACCAGGUUUCAUCAAUAAAUCGAGUGCUCAGGAACCUGGCUAGCGAUAAGCAGCAAAUGGGCACAGUGGGAGCUGAAGGGAUGUUUGACAAACUCAAGAUGCUCAAUGGACAAACCACCUGGGGAGGACGCUCAGGAUGGUACGCUGGUACUACACUCCCUACCACUGAGUGUCCACAGGCAGAGGGAGGGGAGAACGCUAUAUCAGUUAGUUCCAACGGUGACGACUCAGAGGAGACUCAGAUGAGGCUUCAGCUGAAGAGGAAACUGCAGAGAAACAGAACGUCUUUUACGCAGGACCAGAUAGAAGCACUGGAGAAAGAGUUUGAAAGGACUCACUAUCCAGAUGUGUUUGCCCGAGAACGCCUUGCCAACAAAAUAGACCUUCCAGAGGCAAGAAUACAGGUUUGGUUUUCCAACAGACGAGCGAAAUGGAGAAGAGAGGAGAAGCUGAGAAAUCAACGUCGUCAGGUGUCCAACUCCUCCAACCAUAUUCCCAUCAGCAGCAGCUUCAACGCCAGUGUUUACCAGCCGAUACCACAACCUACUACACCAGUGUCCUUCUCAUCAGGAUCCAUGUUGGGAAGGUCAGAUCCAGUUCUGUCCAACAGCUACAGCCUACCAGCUAUGCCCAGCUUCAGUAUGGCUGCCAGCCUGCCUAUGCAAGCAUCCAGCCAGACCUCUUAUUCCUGCAUGCUGCCCACUAGCCCCACUGUAAAUGGAAGAAGUUAUGAGACAUAUACUCCUCCGCACAUGCAGCCACACAUCAACGGCCAGUCAAUGGCGCCCUCUGCAACGUCGUCAACAGGUCUGAUUUCCCCUGGUGUCUCAGUUCCAGUCCAAGUUCCAGGAAAUGAAGGGGACAUGUCACAUUACUGGCCACGCCUGCAGUGAUCACCAGCAGUGACUGCUGCAACAGGACUGUAUGGGACAUCAAAGCAUGACCUAUCCCUACUUUACAGCUUGAAUGUGAAAAAGGACCUGAAACUGACUGCACUGCAGCGAAAGAAUAUGAAGGAAUUACUUAUUAUUGUUUGCGAGAAAAUGUUCAAACCAAAAUUCUGGAGACGAGCAGGACAGAAGUUUGAGUGCUCUUCCAAAUGAAGGAUUUUAAUAUCACUACAAACCAGUACAAUUUCAGCUACAACUGGAUCAAAGGUCUUGGGGAGUUCUGUCUCCGUAUCAUCUCCAGCUCCCAUUCAAAGUCUGGUUGGUGAGGACACUUUGGCACUUGUAAGCCCAGAAUGAAAAGCUCUAGCCUGAGCUGUACUCAGGAAGCUCAGGACGGUGGCCCAUCCUUUGGUAACACUAAACUCCAGACAGGAAUAAACUGCUUAGUGUCCAUUUGGACAUUCUGUGGGAAGACAUAUUACCUCCACUUUCAGUUCCUAAUUUAUAUCAUGUUGGUGUAUUUGUAGCAAAAAAAGAUGUUGUCUGAAGCAUAAAGGGAAGAACUUAAUGAAACUUGAAAUUAACUGUCUGCUGUGAAUUUGCUUCAUCAGCCGAUUCCAAAAGCUCCGGCCUGGAAUGUGUAUAGAAUUUCAGAAUGUGGAUUCUGGUGAUAUGUGUUUGGUAUUGUAAAAACCCUGACCUGGAUGUGAUCUGCUAACUGGCAUGGACUGAUUUUGAACUGAAAAAAAACAGUGUCUGUUUAGGAGGAAAAAUCUCAGUUUGUUUUAAUUCCAAAGCUCCAGAAAUUCAAGAGUAAAGCAACUAUUGAUAGAAUGGAAGCAGAACAAACUCGUUGUUAGCCUAUAACAAGUGAUCAUUAGAUUGUGUCUGGGAUGUAAAUCUGUUUCUAAUUUUAAAGUGUAAAGUAUUUGUCUUCUCCAGUGAUCUGGGAGGGUUUCCAUAAUAAAGUUAU